AUGGUUCCUCGUUCACGAGGCUGGUUCUGUCCAUGCUCCUGCAUAGGCGGGUCCUCAGACGACAACCAAGACCAUCACCAGCAACAGCCUGAUGACAAUAAUGAGUACGAGAUCCGGCCUCCUCCUUUGAACCGGAGUUAUAUGAAUGGCGUGUAUUAUCCCAAUUGGCUGGUUUACAAGGGCAAGACGCCGGCAACUCUUGAUGUGGACAAUAUUACGCACGUGUUUUAUGCUUUUGUUGGUGUUAAUGAAGAUGGAUCCCUUCGUUGGUUCGAUGAGCACGCCGACAUGGUCAAGGAAGUCGACGGAGAAAAAGGCGCUCUAGCUGCCCUCGCAAAGCUCAAACGCAAUAACCCAAAGCUCAAAACCAUUGUGUCUAUUGGAGGAGGCACCGGCAGUAAAGAGUUUCCAGCCCUAGCUGCUAGCCGUGAUGCUCGGGAGACGUUUGCGAGGCAAGUCCGCCAGUUUUGUGACCGUCACGAAAUUGAUGGUAUUGAUAUUGACUGGGAGCAUCCAAAAGACGCCGAGCAAGGUCACAAUUAUGUGAGGCUUCUUCAGGAAUGUCGCAAUGCGUUGCCUGAGAAUGACUAUUUCCUCACGACAGCUCUUCCUGUUGGCCAGUAUAUUCUCAAGCACAUCGACCUCGAUGCUGUGUCGAAGCUUGUCAACUACAUCAACCUCAUGGCAUACGACUUUACCGGCUCUUGGACCAACGUAUGCGGCAAUCACGCACAGCUUCACUCGCCUAGAGGCGACCUUCAAUCUUCACACCCAGAGCUCAAACAAUGCGCCACAGAUGGUGUUGAAUACGUUCUGUCUCGACGGUUUCCUAGCCGAAAGCUCGUUCUUGGGAUCCCUGCCUACGCAAGGUUUUUCCCUCGCGCGGAAGGCCCUGGAUGCUCUACGGAGAGGGCGGGAGAGAUGGAUUAUUGUGAUAUUCCGGAUCAGUGGGUGGAGAAUGCCGUGGUGGACGAGAGAGCCGUGGCGGCGUGGUAUGUCGACUCGGGUAGGGACAAGGGAUACGUUACGUUUGAUGUGCCGCAGACUGUGUACAUGAAGGGGAGAUAUGCGGCUCAUCAAGCGCUUGGGGGGUUGUUUUACUGGACUGGGACGGGGGAUAAAGGAGGAGAGCUGAGUUUGGUGGCUGCUGGGAGGAGAGGUCUUGAUUCUCCAUGA